GUAAGGAGUUGCCGGAGUUCGCGGGGUUUCCGAUUUGGGGAGUGUGUUGAUCUGGUGAUCUGUGUGUAUUACUUCAAAAGCUUAAUGUGGUUGAACCACGCCAAUAGAAAUGACGAUAUGCCUCAUAUUUAUUUGCUUCAUCUUGAAAGUUGGAAAAAGGUUGUGGGGAAGGAGGUCAACAUUAGGCACGAUCAGGGAGACUAGCGACGUCGCUAGCCUGCGACUAACCCGAAGUGGGCCAGAGCUUCCGUGCCUUUGUGAUACUUGUAUCAUGACUCCUACGUAUAUCCAUGGAUAUCCAUGGAUGUUCAUCUGUUGGACCAAAUGCUAUGGAGAAAUAACUUGAUUUGCAACUUCACGGGGGCAAAAGACCGGAUUGGACACAUAUUCUUUGGCAGACUGUAUUUGAAUGAACUGGCAGUUGCAGAUGAUCCUAAUGUGAAUUUAGCAAAG